AUGAAGGCAUGCUGUCAGAAAGAAAGAGCUCCCGAAAUUGAACGUAUCAUCAGAGUAAAUGAUCCAGUUUUCAAUGCACAAUUUCAGUAUGCAAACAAUUAUAUCUCAACUUCCAAGUACAACAUUUUUACCUUCCUGCCCAAGAACCUCUUUGAACAGUUUCAAAGACUGGCCAAUGCUUACUUCUUGGGCCUUCUUGUUCUACAGUUGAUUCCGGCUGUCUCUUCCUUGGAACCUGUGGCUACAAUAAUACCUCUGGUUUUUGUGCUGAGCAUAUCUGCCAUUAAGGAGGCUAUUGAUGAUUUUCAACGCCACAGAAGUGAUGGCCAAGUUAACAACCGAUGCUCCUAUGUCCUAAGAAAUGGAGAAAUAGUAGAGGAAAAAUGGCACAAGGUCAUGGUAGGGGAUAUCAUUCUGCUGAAGAAUAAUGAUUAUAUUGCAGCAGACUUGUUUCUGUUGUCCACCAGUGAACCACACAGUUUAUGCUAUAUUGAAACUGCUGAACUUGAUGGAGAGACCAACCUAAAAGUGCGUCAAGCUCUUGAGGACACCUCAGAACUGGGAGAUGACCUACAGAAGUUGGCAGAAUUUAAUGCUGAAAUUGUGAGUGAACCACCAAACAACAGGUUGAGUAAAUUUGAGGGCAAGAUGUUGUGGAAGAAUAAGACUUAUGCCUUGGACAAUGAGAAGAUAUUGUUACGAGGGUGUAUAUUAAGAAAUACCCAGUGGUGCUGUGGGCUAGUAGUUUUUGCUGGUCGAGAUACCAAGCUUAUGAUGAACAGUGGCAAGACAAAAUUCAAAAGAACUAACAUAGAUCGACUAAUGAAUCUACUCAUUAUUGGAAUUUUUUUGUUUCUUGUGGGGAUGUGCUUGAUCUGUACAAUAGCUUGUGGCAUCUGGGAAUCAUUGGUGGGAUACAACUUCCAGGUGUACCUCCCUUGGGAAACAUUUGUUCACAGAAACAAAGACAAUGGUGCCACUACCAUUGCUGUCCUUGUUUUUCUAUCAUACAUCAUCAUUUUGAACACUGUAGUGCCUAUUUCCCUCUAUGUCAGUGUGGAAAUUAUCCGACUUGCACACAGUUUGUGGAUUAACUGGGAUGUGAAAAUGUACUAUGCAAAAAAGGAUACUCCUGCUAAAGCACGCACAACCACAUUAAAUGAGGAACUAGGGCAGAUAGAGUACAUAUUUUCUGACAAGACAGGAACACUGACCCAGAAUAUUAUGACCUUCAACAAGUGUUCAAUAAAUGGAAAGUCUUAUGGUGACCCUGUGGACAAUGAGGGGAAUGCUGUAGAAAUAACAGAGAAAACUCCAAAAGUGGACUUCUCCUGGAACCCAUAUGCUGAGAAAGGAUUUGACUUCUAUGACCAAAAGUUAGUUGAUGAGGUGAAACGCAACAGUGAGAUGACUAACCUGUUUUUCAGACUUCUGGCCUUGUGUCAUACAGUGAUGCCAGAGAUCAAAGAGGAUGGCUACCUGGAGUAUCAGGCUCAGUCACCAGAUGAAGGUGCGCUAGUAUCUGCAGCCAGGAAUUUUGGAUUUGUUUUUAAGUCAAGAACCCCAAGCACAAUCACCAUUUCCAUCCAUGGACAAGAGGAAACAUGGGAAUUGUUAAGUAUUCUGGACUUCAACAACGUCAGGAAAAGAAUGUCCGUGAUAGUCAGAAAAGAGGGCCAUUUACAGCUGUUGUGUAAGGGUGCUGAUACUAUCAUGUUUGGUCUACUGGACAGGAGUUGUGAUGAACUAAAAGAACUGACUACACACCAUCUGAAUGACUUUGCACAGAUUGGCCUGAGAACUUUGGUACUGGCCUAUAAAGAUAUAGAUGAAGACUAUUUUGCUAAUUGGCAGAAAAAGCACCAUGAAGCAAGCACAUCUAUGGAUGAUCGAGAUGGUAAACUGGACAUUGUAUAUGAGGAGAUUGAACAGGGCAUGAUUCUGAUUGGGGCCACAGCUAUUGAGGAUAAACUUCAAGAUGGUGUUCCUGAAACAAUCGCCAAUCUAGCACUCGCUGGAAUCAAAAUUUGGGUUCUGACUGGUGAUAAGCAGG